CCGAAGCCCGGUGCCGGGGGGUUGAGGGCUCGCUCGGCGGCGGAAGCGGUGUCUCGGGUCGGCUGAAGGGAACGAGCAGGAGGAGGCGCCCAAGCCUGCGGGCCGCAUGGCUGGGGCUCCGGGCGGUGGCGGGCCAGGCCCAGCGGCGGGGGAGCCGCUGCUGCAGCGACGCGACUCCGGCCAGGGCUCGCCCGAGCCGCCGGCCCACGGGAAGACCCAGGAGGGCUUCCUCUCCGGCUUCUUCACCCGGGACCAGAGCUGCCCGCUCAUGCUCCAGAAGACGCUAGAGACGAACCCAUACGUCAAAGUUCUCCUUGAUGCUAUGAAACACUCAGGUUGCGCUGUUAACAAAGGGAGACACUUCUCCUGCGAAGACUGUGACGGAAACGUCAGCGGAGGGUUCGAUGCCUCAGCGUCUCAGAUUGUUUUGUGCCAGAAUAAUAUCCGAAAUCAGGCUCACAUGAGCAGAGUCGUUACCCAUGAGCUCAUUCAUGCCUUUGAUCAUUGUCGGGCUCACGUCCACUGGUUUACCGAUGUCAGACAUUUGGCAUGCUCAGAGAUUCGAGCUGCAAGCCUCAGCGGGGACUGCUCACUCCUGAAUGAAAUCUUCAGGUUACGUUUUGGAUUAAGACGACACCACCAGACUUGUGUGCGGGACAGAGCUGCUCUUUCAAUUGUGGCUGUGCGGAACAUCAGCAGAGAAGAGGCCCAGAAGGCUGUGGAUGACGUUUUUGAGUCCUGUUUCAACGACCGUGAGCCUUUUGGCAGGAUCCCCCAUACUAAGACAUAUGCCAGAUAUGCUCACAGGGACUUUCAGAACCGUGAUCGCUAUUACUCGAACAUAUGAAGAUGGUGGCCGUCUGUAUCCCUGAGCCUCAGGACCAUGAGGGAGAUGUCCCUAGACACAGAGUCUCUACAAUUGUAUGGAAUAAAGUGCAGAAGGAGCUGGCUUUAGCAUUUGACUAUAAAAUGCUAUGUAUUUGACUAUAAAAAUAAAUAUGUCAGGUGUGGUGGUGCACGCCUUUAAUCCCAGCACUCGGGAGGCAGAGGCAGGCGGAUCUCUGUGAGUUCAAGGCCAGCCUGGUCUACAAAGGGAGUUCCAGGACAGGCUCCAAAGCUACAGAUAAACCCUGUCUCGGAAAAAAAAAAAAUGGCAAAAAAGGAACUCCUUAAACUGCAAGGCAAAAUUGGAUCUUUAUAGUUAAUCAUUUAGUAAAUAAGGGAAAUAAAUGACAUUUUUAUAUUUUC